AUGUUACGAUUAGCGGUGGCUAAUCAACGUCGGAGUCUGUUCGGAUCAGUGCCAUGCAGCAGUCAACAGGACCAUUACAAAGUACUUGGAUUGGCCCAGUCUGCUUCCCAAAAGGAUAUAAAAUCAGCAUAUUAUAAACUUUCGAAACAGCACCAUCCGGACACAAAUCCGACGAGCAAAGACGAGGCGGCCAAGAAGUUUCAUCAGGUUUGGAAGAAAAAAUUACAAAAAUUAUCAUUUUGUGCAAAAAAAAUCAUCAAUUUGUGCAGGUAGCAAUGGCGUACGAGAUUCUAGGAUCAGAAGAAAAGCGGAAAGCCUACGACAUGACGAGAAUACGUUCGUCGCCAAUGCCCGGAGAUCCGACCAAUUUAAGCAAUCGGUACAAGAAGAGAUCGGCUUCGACUCAAAAACAAUAUACGGACAUUGACAUCGACUACAAAGAUUUCGAGCAUUUCCAACGGAGCACUCGCAGAAGGCCACAAUAUCACUCGCACUUCGACAUGCCCAACGAAUUUUACGCCGAGUUCGGCGGAUUCAAGAAAAGGGUAUUCAAGAGCGAGUACGAGGAGGCACAGGAGAAGGCCAGCAAUUUCGAACGUUUUCUUUCUAAAAAAAAUAAAUUUCAGCAUGGCUCCCAGUACAAAGACAGUCGGGCGGCGCAGCGAGAAAUGGAAGAGUUGCGGCGACAAGUAGAACGGGAACAGGCGGCGCAACAGGCACGAUAUCCGAUUCCGACGUUCGAGCAGAUGAUGAGGGACAAACGGGCGAAGGAGGCGAACGAACAAAGGCAGUACGUGGGUGGCAUGUUCGUCGCCGCACUGAUCGCCGGCUUUUUGACUGUUCUCUUGACAAGAUAG